UUAUUUAUGUUACAUUAAAAAAAAGAAAAAGGAAUGCAAGUUGGAAUGUUUUAAACUUUGUUUCUGUCAUUCCUGGGUCUAGUAGAACUGAAAUAGAUUUGGAAAAGUGAAGUCAUCAGCUAUUGGAUAGGGGAAACUUAAUGAUUUAAGGAAGUUGUUUUAGUUUACGAGCUUGGAAAAUGACCAAUAAAGGAUAAAGACUAAUAAAGGUGUGAGAGAGAAAAAGAUCGUGUAAGAAAAAAAAAUUUAAGCACAGAAGAAACUACUGGAUGUUAUGACUGUUUCCCCCACUUGAAUAGAGAAAGUUUAUGUCCUCGACCUGAUUUGGUGCUUAAAGGUUUAGGUUAUUGUAAUUAUUCUUAUUCUGCAUAUCAUUUGCACCCCAUGACACAUUUCAGCACUCCUUUCAAAUCAUCCGAUCCUACAAAUGCUGAAAAUCUUCAAGCCUUCGUGCAGAGCAGCUUGCUGGAAUCAGUUCUGCUGGGAUGCUGUACCGUUGCUUUUAAACGACUGAGAAAGUAUUACAGUACUGUACAUAGAGACGCAUGAACUGUAGAGGAAAUGAAGUGGUUAAGCGUCACAAUCACGAACAAGACACAUGAGUAACUCUUUAUAUUCCGAUAAUGUUGGUCAAUGACAAUGAUUAUGACUUUCGGGGGACUUUAGCGGUCGUUUCUCAGUCGCUUUCCUGGCAUGCGUGAAUCCUAGGAUUCCAAUUCUUCAUCGAGUUUCUGCAGUGAUCUGGUGUCCUCCUGUUACUGUACUUCAGAAGAAAUAUGGAGUUGCUCGCCGUGUUGUCUUAAUUUCGCGUAAAAAAGAAUUGUCAUUAGGUUUGCGUAUGGCAUGUGCCAUUACCCCACCGUAAAACUAAAAUUAGCAAAAUGUCAGGAAUGGAAAGAUUGAUUCACCAAGAUGCAAUUAUCAUUUAAAAGUGCUUGAUUGAGGUGCUGAUGUUCAGUGAUUUAUUCUGCAUACCAUAUACAUAAUUAAAGUAGUGUAGUGGAGUAAUUUAUCAAUCUAAGUUGAGACUGGAUGGGGGUAAGGAAGGAGCUGCUGUAUGUUUGUUUUAUUAAAAUGCUUUGGGAUGUAGUCCCGCCCCCUUUUGCAAGAGUGAAACUGAUUAUUUCUCUAGCUCUGGAGGAGUGGAAAGAGACAGUGAGUGCUUCGUUUGGGAUUGUGGGAAAAGGGAGAGAAAAGGGCAAAGAGAGAGAGGAGGAGGAGGAGGAGAGAGGGGGAGAGAAAAAGAGAGGACCGUCGAGAGAGAGAGAGAGAGAGAGAGAGAGAGAGAGAGAGAGAGAGAGAGAGAGAGAGAGAGAGAGAGAGAGAGAGAGAGAGAGAGAUUAGACGUGUGCAGUUUUGAAUCUCAGCCUUGCUUGUGCUUUUUUCCCCUCUUAAUUCUCUCACUCUCUCCUUCUCUUUCUCUCUUUCCUUCUCUCUCCUUCCCUCCUCCUCCUCUCUUUUUUACGCGAUGUUUCAAAAGCUCUGAGUUGCUCUCUUAUUCUCAUUUGUCUUCUUUCACUUCCUUCCUGGACGCUGUUUUCAGGACGAGUCCGGUUACUUUUAAUCUGGCCAGCGGCAGAGAGCUACUUUCUCCUCCUCCACGCUGCACACACGCGCGCGGACGCGCGCGUGCCCGUGCGCGUGCCCACCCAGACACAGACACACACACACAGGCACAGACACACACAUACACAUACAGAGACACACACUCCUCUCUCUCUCUCUUUCUCUCUCUCUCUUUCUUUCUCUCUCUCUCGCUCGCUCGCUCGCUCGUUCGCUCGUUCUCUCUCUCUCCCUCAGUCAGUCACUCAUAGAUACUCGAACACACGCACACGCACACGCAUACACCCAGACAUCUUCUGGCUGCUAUUGGAUUGACUUUGAAGGUUGUGUGUGGUUCGCCGAGGCUGCACGUUGAAUCAGGUGGAGAAAAAUUUUAAAGACUGGACGAAGCAAAAGAUCAUUAUUAUUACUAUUUUUUUUUUAAUUCAAGAAAGGAAAAUAUUCCAAGGACUAAUCUGAUCGUAUCUUCCUUCAUCAGGAACGAAUGCAGGGAUCUGUGAAUUGAGUAGUGCAAGUGCUGAAGAGGGAGGUUUGUUUGGAGGAAACGGGAAAGAGAAAGAAAAGAGAAGGAAAAAAUACAUAAUUUUAGGAACGAGAGAGAGAAGAAAAACGGGGACUAUGGGGAGAAAAAAGAUUCAGAUCACGAGGAUUAUGGAUGAACGUAAUAGACAGGUGACAUUUACAAAGAGGAAAUUUGGGUUAAUGAAGAAGGCUUAUGAGCUGAGUGUUCUAUGUGACUGUGAGAUUGCGCUAAUCAUCUUUAACAGCACCAACAAACUGUUCCAGUAUGCCAGCACGGAUAUGGACAAAGUGUUGCUGAAAUACACAGAGUACAAUGAGCCACAUGAGAGCCGAACAAAUUCAGACAUUGUUGAGACAUUGAGAAAGAAGGGGCUUAAUGGUUGUGACAGUCCAGACCCUGAUGCAGACGAUUCAGUAGGUCACAGCCCUGAGUCUGAGGACAAGUACAGGAAAAUUAAUGAAGAUAUUGACCUAAUGAUCAGCAGGCAAAGAUUGUGUGCAUUGAACAAGAAAGAAAACAAAGGUUGUGAAAGCCCCGAUCCUGACUCCUCUUAUGCACUCACCCCACGCACUGAAGAAAAAUACAAAAAAAUUAAUGAAGAGUUUGAUAAUAUGAUCAAGAGUCAUAAAAUUCCUGCUGUUCCACCACCAAAUUUUGAGAUGCCAGUUUCUAUCCCAGUGUCCAAUCACAACAGUUUGGUAUAUAGCAAUCCAGUCAGCUCACUGGGCAACCCCAACCUUUUGCCGCUGGCCCACCCUUCUUUGCAGAGAAAUAGCAUGUCUCCUGGAGUGACACAUCGGCCUCCAAGUGCAGGUAACACAGGUGGUCUGAUGGGCGGGGACCUCACAACCGGUGCAGGCACCAGUGCAGGGAACGGGUAUGGUAACCCCAGAAACUCACCAGGUUUGCUGGUCUCACCUGGAAACUUGAAUAAGAAUAUGCAAGCAAAGUCUCCACCACCGAUGAAUCUGGGAAUGAACAACCGUAAACCAGAUCUCCGAGUCCUUAUUCCACCAGGCAGCAAGAAUGCAAUGCCAUCAGUGAAUCAAAGGAUAAAUAACUCCCAGUCUGCUCAGUCAUUGGCCACCCCAGUGGUUUCCGUAGCAACUCCUACUUUACCAGGGCAAGGAAUGGGAGGGUAUCCAUCAGCCAUUUCAACAACAUAUGGUACUGAGUACUCACUGAGUAGUGCAGAUUUGUCAUCUCUCUCUGGGUUUAAUACAGCCAGUGCUCUUCAUCUUGGUUCAGUAACUGGCUGGCAACAGCAACACCUACAUAACAUGCCACCAUCUGCCCUCAGUCAAUUGGGAGCUUGCACUAGCACUCACUUAUCUCAGAGUACAAAUCUCUCCCUGCCUUCUACUCAAAGCCUCAACAUCAAGUCAGAACCUGUUUCUCCUCCUAGAGACCGUACCACCACCCCCUCGAGAUACCCACAGCAUACGCGCCACGAGGCGGGGAGAUCUCCUGUUGACAGCUUGAGCAGCUGUAGCAGCUCGUAUGACGGGAGCGACCGAGAGGAUCAUCGGAAUGAAUUCCACUCCCCCAUUGGACUCACCAGACCUUCGCCGGACGAAAGGGAAAGUCCCUCAGUCAAGCGCAUGCGGCUCUCUGAAGGAUGGGCAACAUGAUCAAAUUAUUACCUACUAGUUUUUUUUUUUUCUUGCAGUGUGUGUGUGCUAUACCUUAAUGGGGAAUGGGGGGUCGAUAUGCAUUAUAUGUGCCGUGUGUGGACAAAAAAAGUCAGGUACUCUGUUUUGUAAAAGUACUUUUCAAUUGCCUCAGUGAUACAGUAUAAAGGUAACCAGAAAUGCUGAGAUAGGCUUAGCACUUGAGUUGUACAACAGAACACUUGUACAAAAUAGAUUUUAAGGCUAACUUCUUUUCACUGUUGUGCUCCUUUGCAAAAUGUAUGUUACAAUAGAUAGUGUCAUGUUGCAGGUUCAACGUUAUUUACAUGUAAAUAGACAAAAGGAAACAUUUGCCAGAAGGGGCAGAUCUUUACUGAGAGAGAAAGCAGCUGUUAUGCAACAUAUAGAAAAUGUAUAGAUGUUUUGACAGACCCAGCAAUGGGUGGCCACUGGGAAAUGUAAGAAACAGAGGAGGUCACCUAACAUAGCAAUGAUGCUCCCAAACAUUCAGGCAUAUCAUUGAAGUAUGGCACUCCGUUAAAAGGAUCAAAGACAUUUAAAAGAGGACCAUACUUAGAAAAACGUGGAGUUUGAGGGCAAACGUAUUUAAUUUUUAAAAAUUCUGGGUCUGCAUCACUUAUUAAAUAAAAAUAUAAAAAUAUGUACAUUACAUUUUGCUUAUUUUCAUAUAAAAAGUAAGACAGAGUUUGCAAAGCAUUUGUGGCUUUUUGUAGUUUACUUAAGCCAAAAUGUGUUUUUUUUUCUUGAUAGCUUCGCUAAUAUUUUAAACAGUCCUGAAAAAAGCAAAAGGGACUUUUUGUAUAGAAAGCACUACCCUAAGCCAUGAAGAACUCCAUGCUUUGCUAACCAAGAUAACUGUUUUCUCUUUGUAGAAGUUUUGUUUUUGAAAUGUGUAUUUCUAAUUAUAUAAAAUAUUAAGAAUCUUUUAAAAAAUCUGUGAAAUUAACAUGCUUGUGUAUAGCUUUCUAAUAUAUAAUAAUUAUGGUAAUAGCAGAAGUUUUUGUUAUCUUAAUAGUGGGAGGGGGGUAUAUUUGUGCUGUUGCACAUUUAAGUAACUAUUUUCUUUCAGUUUUCUUUUACUCUGCAUACAUUUUACAAAAUCAAAAUCAGUUGUCAAAAGGAUAGCCUGUGGGGUUAGAAUGACCACAUCAUAACAACCUAAAUCAUUUCAAAAACUACAUUUGCAAUCUAUUGGGUGAACGGACAUCCAUUGUAUAUAUAUAUAUUGAUUAGUUCUUUCAGUUUGGGAUUUUUGGGUUUUUUUGCAUUUUACCAAAUGCAGGGCCCCUUUUCUGAUCUUAGGUAUACCCCUGUGCAUCUUGGAAUUAAGUAAGCAUCACAAUUUGACCUUUCUCCUAAAUCAUCUACUUGGUAUUCAGCCCACUCUAAUUUGAUACAGAGUAUUUGGUUUUUAAAAUCUGCCUGGAAUGGGCUAUAAGUGGUGGUACGUUAUGUCCUGAAGAUAUGUCAGAAAAAAAAAAGAUGUGAUCAAUGUGGAGGUAACCCAGUGAAUAAGUUCUAAUCGCCCACAUUCAGAAAAAAUACAAAGAAACGAUGCUACAGAAAAAAAAAAGAAACAGGUACCCAGUUUGUAUUAUUUUAACCUGUACUCAACUAAACCUUGCUGAUAUCAUAAGGCAGUUGAGCUAGCCCAGUGUAUCAGGCAACCCCAAAAUGUCACUUCUGCAUAAGGCAUGUAUGUCCUAUUUUUUCCUUCGAUAAAGAAAAUUACUAGCCAAUACAAGAAAAUCCAUUUAAGAUCCUCUAUGUCCCUUUCCAUUCAAAGAAACAAUGACUUAUUGAACAUAUGUCUCUGGGGAUUAUUUUCUGGGUCAUUCCAUUCCUUUUAAGAAGUUAGUGCCAUAAGAAAUGUUUAUAUUUCUUCUCCAAGAGUAGUUUCAGUUUUUGAAAGGAUAUAGGAACAAUUUCCUUCUCAUGGUAUAUGGAGAUCCAGUUUCAUCUCCCAAUCAGAUGCAUUGACAUUAGCAGCAAAAAAAAAAAGUAAAAAAAAAGUAAAACUACAGAAGUGAUGCAGUCAGCACAAACAAAUCCACACUAAGACCCAUUCCCCAUCAACGUGCAUAGUUCUGUGUAUUUCUCAUCAUAAGAGGCUGCCGCUGGGUGGCAGAAGCCAAGAGAUUUUACUCACUGGACUCUAUUUUCCUAACUUUAUCUGAAAUUUCCAAUUAGUUCUCUGGUUUGUGCCUGACUAGGAUGCCAGUCUGCCUUGUGCCCAUAUUUUGUAUACUCUAAGCAGAAUGCAAUUCAACUAAUUCCUCCAUCCUAUUUGAUAAGAUGACCGUGGAACAUGGAAAGAAAGCUCUUUAUGCAGAGGAAAAGCAGAACUGGAUCCCUGACCUAUUAAAUGCAAACACACAUAGACACACACGAUAUUCAAAGCCACUCUCCUAACCUUAAGCAUGAUCCCAUUCUUAGAGUCUCUGGCUGAGAUUUUUAACUUGACGUGUAUAAAAUAUGCAAAUAUGUCACAAAUGUGCUUUGUCAUUUCAAAACACUUUGGGUUUAUCCGAGUUGUUAGUAGAAACUUGUCAGCGGGUGGGGAGGGGGUCAGUCUAUGAAAAUACGAAGAAUAGCCAUAUUAAUAGUUUACCUUGCAAUUUGCCUCAGCAACACAGGAAAAAAAAAAGGAAAAGUGAGUUUCUAAGGGGGUGGUUGUUUAAAGUAAGCUAAAGAACCAGCAGAAGCUAGGGCGAAGCCGAAGCCUUGGCUAUUUAUAGCCGUUCUGACAAUGGUUUUAUAAGAACAUUUCAAAGAAUAGAAUCACUUGAAAAUGGAUGCCAGUCACCUCUUGUUCCCACCACCGAGUUCAUAGCAAGUGGUGGCAAGAGAGUGAAGGGCUAAUCGGAGAAUUUUUCAAAGAUGAUUUAAUGAGAAGAAGCACAACUUUGAAUAUGAUGAGUCACUUUCUGUCAACAAUAACUGUCUAUCUUUUUUACCCUUGUACCUUUCUCUGUAAUUUACCAUUUAUUGUAUUUGCAAAGCUAAUUUUGUUUUUUUUUUCACAGAGAUUCCUUUGUAUGUAAGGAGUUUGGGGCAGAGCCCUGAGGGAGUAUUACUUUACAGAACCCAAGCUGCAGAAACCUUUUUUUUUAGGCAACACUCUUCAUUGCAAGUUAAAAUACCCCAAAGUGGCAUUUUGUUCACUCGCAAGGAUUGUCAUUGCAAAUCCUUAUUUUAAGAGAUUUUCAGCAACAUCACUGAACUUAAUUACUGGUGACAAUGAUAUGAUGUACAGGAGCUGCACGACCUGUAUAUGGUAUGCAUUGCUGCAGCCUUUCAUUCUGAUGCUGUUCAUUUCAACAUUUCGGAAAGUUCAGUUUUAUAGCAAAGAGGCAUAUUUUUUCCCAAAGGCAGAAUCUGUUUUGUAAUGAUGAAUAUGAAAAUACCUGUCAUCUUCAGCUCAUUUUCAGGUUAACUAAAGUGAGAAUUUUUAAAAUAACAAUGUCAAUUCUCUCUUAACAAGAAUGUCAGCCCUCUUGUACCUGGACAUGUUUGGUUUAGCUUUCCUACCCAGUCUUUAACUUAGGGAGAGAGUUUUUGUUUUUGUUUUUCUUUUUUUUGCCCCUUUCUUCUUGUAUUUCCUUCAGAAAGUAAAUGCUUUGUAUUUCUUUUUUUUAAGCCACUUGAAACCUCAAUAAAGGCUGUUGCCUAAACAUGGAAUACUUCAUCUGUUCCUGUUUGUGCCAUCUGCUGUGAUGUCGUCACUUAUAUGGCGUUAAUUUCCUGCCACUACAGAUCUUUUGAAGGACUGAUGGGAUAUUGGUAUCUGUUAGAAUGCUUCAGAUUGUAGAUGUAAUAAGAGGCUUUUGUUAAUAUGUUUUAACCAAAGAUGUGGAGCAAUCCAAGCUUUUAGCCACAUACCGUCUGCAUCAAAUUUGUCCAUUUGGGUUAUUUUGAUAAUCGGGUGUUACAUUUUGCCUUCCCUACGCAUACCUCAAAUUGAUCCAUACCUCACUUUCAUUCAGAGAGGUCAACUAAAUGACAGAUUUCUUUUCUUUCACGCUAAAUGCUAGUACCUGUGGUCUCUUAGAGUAGAGCAGAAAUGGGUCACUGUAGGCAUAGUACUUGGAUUGCUUCAGAUGGUUUGCUGUAUCUUUUUUCUUCUUUUUUUUCUUUUUCUGGGGACUUGUUUCCAUUAAAUGACAGUAAUUCACAAGUAGCUUGUAAAUGAGGGCAUACAAGCAUUUGCAACAAAUAUUAAAAUAGAGGCUCACAGCGGCAUAAGCUGGACUUUGUCGCCACUAGAUGACAAGAUGUUAUAACUAAGUUAAACCACAUCUGUGUAUCUCAAGGGACUUAAUUCAGCUGUCUGUAGUGAACAAAAGUGGGAAAUUUUCAAAAGUUUCUCCUGCUGGAAAUAAGGUAUAAUUUGUAUUUUGCAGACAAUUCAGUAAAGUUACUGGCUUUCUUAGUGA